AUGCUAGACUCAGCAACAACGGUCACGUCAGCGGCCGCCAUUGCCACCACAGCCGCCAUGGUCACGGCGUCAAUACUCAUCCUAUCGCGUGAAGUCUUGUGGCCUCGCUGGGCCAAGGUUCUUCGCAGUCCCCUCAAGACGACGCUUCCGCGCCUGAGCGAGGAGGAGGCGCGACACUUGGUUUACAAGCCUGAUGUUUUCCCAGGUGCGCGAGACGUCGACACCCCCUAUGGCUCCAUUCGCGUGUACGAGUUUGGUCCGGAAGAUGGCCAAAAGGUCCUCUUUGUUCACGGCAUCACCACCUCGUGCAUCACCCUGCUCUAUAUUGCGAACAAUCUCGCCAAGCGCGGGUGCCGUGUCAUGCUUUUCGAUCUCUUCGGCCGUGGUUACUCUGACGGUGUCGGCGACAUCCCCCACGAUGCUCGCCUCUAUGUCACGCAAAUGCUUCUGGUACUCGCCUCCAGUCCCCUAUCCUGGACCGGCGACGACUCCAUCAACAUAAUUGGCUACUCCCUUGGCGGCGGCAUCGCUGCUCAUUUCGCCGGCACAUUCCCAAACAUGGUCCGAUCGUUGUUGUUGCUGGCGCCCUCCGGUCUGAUUCGCGCCGAGCGCUUCGGCCACAUUACCAAAUUCAUCUUUUCCUCCGGCGUCAUCCCGGAGCGCAUCCUGCACGGCCUCACCAGCCGCCGUCUGCAGCAGCCCAUCGCCUCGUCCGUAAAGGUCCCCAAGCAGGCGGUCAUUGGCAAGGUUGAGGCCGCCGCCAAGGUUGCAUCCGCAGAGGUUCCGGGCACUGCCUUUGGCAACGAGGACUCCCCGGACCUCCCCAUUGAGCAGCGCGUCACGCACUAUGUCCGCUGGAUGGUUACGCACCACCGUGGGUUCGUCCCGGCCUUCAUGUCUUGCGUCCGCCACGCGCCGCUCACGCACCAGCAAGAGAGCUGGAAGCUUCUCGCGCAGCGCAAGCCCGGCACCACCGCUGUGCUACUUGCGGAGAAGGAUGAAAUCAUCAACCUGGAAGAUUACGAGGCUGACGGCCUCCCUUUGCUUGGCGGCCGAGAAAACGUCUACUGGAAGGUGCUCUCGGGUACUCACGAUUUUGUCAUGACGCAUCCCGACACUAUUACCAAGGAAAUUGAGCACCUCUGGGGAUUGAAACCCCCAGGUGUGUAA